UUUCUUGGUUAAGUCGUUCGUUGUUAGUACGACACAUCUCGAAUUUAAUUGAAUGAAUUGUUUCUUCACUGAAAAUGCCUUACAAACGUAAAAAAUACCACAGAGGAGAUACGCAUUUGAAAAAAGGCUGGCGAACUAAGAGGAGAACGAAAGAUUUAGACGAGAUCGAUGAAGACCUCAAAGACGAAAAUUUAAAAAGCUUACUAAAUCAAGAAGUAGAUUUGGAGAAACCUGGAGCAGCUCAAUAUUAUUGUGUUCAUUGCGCAAGGUACUUCAUAAACACGACUGCUUUGAAAGAUCAUUUUACAACUAAAGUACAUAAACGCCGGCUGAAGGCUCUUGAGUUAGAACCAUAUUCAGUCGAGGAAUCAGAAAGGGCUGCUGGGAAAGGAAGUUAUGUUGCCCCAAAAAAGAGAAAAAUUGAUACACUAACUCGGGAUAGUUUUGAUAUGGACACAGAAAUCUCCUCAGAAGCCAAAGUAGCAAAAGGAGAUGCAUAGUGGUCAUAUUGUGAGAGAUAGUAA